CAUAUAUACACAGAGAUUGGCAACUGUAACAGUGGUCAACGAAAAUCUAAUCCACGUAACGCAUCUCACGAGACUUAAACGAGAUCGCCAUAUUGAUUUUAUCACGACAAGUACACCACCACGCUUCGAUUUUUAUUUCACAUCAAGUAUUUCAAAACAGCAUAAUAAUGCCCAAAAAAAGAAGAAAGCCAUCAGUUUGCCAAAGAAGAAAGUACCAUUGUAAGAAACCAAAACUCGAUAUUGAUAUUGUAAACACGAACCCGCCUUCUGGCUUGACCUGUACACCAGUAGAACAAAUUAUGAAUGGGAUUUUAGCUGAAGUUGAAAAAGAAGAUGAAACUGACAAUAUUAUAAGUGUAGAUAAUGAUCAGUGUGAAGAGUUUCAACAACUGAACGUUGACAAUUUAAAUCAACAUGUUCGAUAUGAGGUCGAUGAUGAACAACUACCUAACUGGACAGCCGUUGAUCAGAUAAUGAACGAUAUUUUAAUUCCAGCUAAUGAAGUGUUCACUGAAGAAGAAGAUGUGGAUAAUACAGAUGGAGAUGCCGAAGGUGAUGCAGACAAUAACACACAUGUAGAAGAAUUAUUGCCUACUAACUUUGUCAACCAAAAUGUACAGCAUGAGGUCACUGCAGCGGCAACGCAGACCGAGUCUCCCAUAUCAGAACUGUCAGAAUUCGAGCAAUUAGUAUGUGCAUUGAAAUCAGAACUAAGUGAAAGUUAUAUACUUCAUAAAGAUUCAAAUAGGAUAAACAUAAUAGAGCCUUAUCAUGUUAAAGAUCAAACUGACAUUAAGAUUAAACUCUCAGUGGUUAUUGAUGACAACUUUCUACCAAGGAUUUUCGUCCACAACAAAGAAAUUGGGAAGGACAAUGACAUUUGGACAGGACUUCCCACAGUGUACAACAGCAUAGAUUCAGUGCAAGAACUGCUAGCAAGACUACGUAUGUUUUUUGUAUGUGUUGGUAAUCCAGAUGAGCAAUUUCAGUACAUUACUCCAGUUGGGUCAGGCAUUAGUGAUGCAUUUACAAAUGAAAUAAGGUGUUAUCGUGAAGGUGAUUAUGGUGCCACAAAGUGGAAUACUGUCUACACAUCAACUAUACGUUCGGUCAAAUGCAAAAUGCUUGUUCAGGGUAGUCGUUGCUCGCCUUGUGCAGAAGACAGACGAAUGUUAAGAAAAAGACAACAAAGAGCCGAAGAGAAGAAAACUUCACCACCUGUUACUUUUGUUCAUCGAACAUACCAACAUAAGCACAUGUCAAGAGAAAAUCUAGUUACCAAAAUUGAGCAACAAAAAACUGAAAUGAGAACCUUGUCCUCAGAAGUAGAGAAAUUAAAGAGACAAAUUCAUAAGCAAAUCUUGCAAAAUGGUGUAACUUUCAGCAAUCCCAGCACAGAAAACAUUGAAAUGAAAGACCUGAUGUCAACAUGUCAAAAUGACUUUGAACAAGCCUUUCCCAAUCCAAACAGCCUCCAACGAUUGUUCUGGGAACAGCAAGUUAAAUUCAAUACAGCAGGAAAGAACGGCAUGCGUUGGCAUCCCAUGUUGAUAAGAUGGUGCUUGUUCAUGAGAAGCAAAAGUGCGAAGGCAUAUGAUUCUAUGAGGGACACUGGUUUCAUAAAGCUACCAAGUACAAGAACACUGUUUGAUUAUUCGCAUUACACAAAGAGUGCUCUAGGUUUCCAACCAGAUGUGAUGAAGAUGUUACAUGAUGAAGCAAGCAAGUUAGCUAUGUAUGAAGACAACCACAAAAGCUUUGUUGGAAUUUUAUUUGACGAAAUAAAGAUACAGGAGGACUUGGUGUACGAUAAACACACUGGAGAAUUGAUAGGAUUUUGUGAUCUGGACUCCAUUGGCAAUGAAAUUCUGAACUUAGAAAAUCUUGUAGGAAACUGUCAAAAAUCACAAGUUGCAAAAUUUAUGCUAGUGAUUAUGGUGAAAGGUGUGACCAGUAACUUGAAAUUUCCCUUAGCUGGGUUCGCUACAAACAGUAUUACUGCUGAUUUUUUAUAUCCUAUCAUUUGGAAGGCCGUUUCAUUGAUAGAAUGUGUGGCAAAGUUAAAAGUUUUAUUUUGUACAUGUGACGGAGCCUCACCCAACAGACGCUUUUUUCAACUUCACAAGAUAGAUAAUUCUGAGGAACCCGUAUAUUUCACCAUCAACCCAUAUGACAACAGCAGAAAUUUGUAUUUUAUCUCAGAUGUCCCACAUUUAAUUAAGACUGCCCGAAACUGUUUUAGCAACUCAUUCUCCCAUAAAAACACAAGACGACUAUGGAAAAAUGGAAAAGACAUCUCUUGGAUGCACAUUGUGAGACUGUUUGAAGAACACUGUGAGUUGCAACUCUAUAGUCCCUGUCCAAAAUUGACAAGGAGCCACAUUGACCUGGCAGCAUUCACGUAUAUGAAGGUAAAUUUGGCUGCUCAAAUUUUAAGUGGUAGUGUGGCCAAUGCCUUGGAACAUUUGUAUGAUGACAGUGUGUCAGAAACUGUUUUGUUUAUUCGAAACUUCAAUAGAUUUUUCGAUUGCCUGAAUGUGAGGAAUUUGUUUGAAGGACGUAAUAAAAGGAAUCCUGAUUUGGAACCCUUCACAGCUGGUGAUGAUCCUCGACUUACUUGGUUGAAAUCAACAUUUUUAGACUAUUUGAAGGAAUGGAAGCAGUCAGUAGUGCAAAGACCAAACCUGACACCUUCACAGAAAUUAUCUAUGCAACUUAGCGCACAAACUCUGGCUGGUGUGAAAAUCAGUAUAAAUUCUAUAACAGAAUGUGUGAAAUUUAUGUUAGACCAAGGAGCUGAUUUCGUAUUAACUUACAACUUCAACCAAGACCCCCUGGAACAGCAUUUCGGUCACUAUAGACACAAGGGAGGAGCCAAUAACAACCCCAGUGUUUAUGAAGUAAGAAAUACCAUGACACAGUUACGUGCUGUUGGAGCUCAAGCAUUGAAUCCCAAGCGUGGAAAUAUAACCAAUGUUAACAAUAAUGAAAAUGUUAUCGACAACACGAAACUCCAACGAAAACGAUAAAUAGCAAUUAUCUGAAAGCCAAUAGAGAUGCUACAAUGUAUAAAUGUAGAAUGAAGAAAUGAAGAAAGACAACAUUUGUUAUGCUUAAUAUAAACUUUAAUUUGUAAGUCUAUGUAUCUGAAAUUGCAUUUUUUUUUAAUUUAUAAUGUGUCAACUCAUAAUUAUAUUACAUAUCAUGUACAUGAACAUCGGAAAUGUAUGAUAAUAAACAGGUUUAUG